AUGGCAUGCAUCGAUGACGCACCCAAAAGUGACGUGCACCCGCGGUACUGUAUACGAGACGACAAGAUGAAACAACCAGGUAUAUCUGUACGCCUGGGCCGUGCAUGCACCGUUGCAAGCCCCGAUCGCAGGUUGCUUCGCGUGUUCCCAGCAUCUGCAGACGCCUCUGUCAUGUCCAUGGCCUUGACCGCGUCGUCUGACGCCAGGCCGAAUAAUUGCGGGCUGCCUGUCGCUCAGCCGACACCCACGGCCCGGCGUGUUGCCAGACAGAACAAGAGGCGUCCGGGCCUGCAUCUAACUGACAGAAGCUUUUGCAGCUGGCGCCCACUAGGAGCCCCCGUGUCAAGGUUUGCAAAGGGCGAGGCAAAAGCCACGAGAAAAAUCACCUGUCAGGCCGACCAAUGGCCGGGGCUGGAGGCCGGCCAGGACUAG